AUGGAUCGUGAGCUCCCCCACUCUCCGUUCAGACUCGAGGCUCGCAGCAAGGUCAUCGUCAGUAUGUUCGCUCGCACGCCCGUCAAGACCGUGGCCGCCGUCGCGCAGGCCACGCGCAGCAUGUCUGCGUCCGCCAAGGUGUGGAUCAACAAGGACACCAAGGUCAUCUGCCAAGGCUUCACCGGCAAGCAGGGUACAUUCCACUCGCAACAGGCUAUUGAGUACGGCACCAACAUGGUGGGCGGUGUGACCCCCAAGAAGGGUGGCUCCACGCACCUGGGUCUUCCCGUGUUCAACACUGUGGCUGAGGCCAAGAAGGAGACUGGUGCUGACGCUUCCGUCAUCUAUGUGCCGCCUCCGUUCUGUGCGGCUUCUAUCAUUGAGGCCAUCGAGGCUAAGAUUCCUCUCGUUGUGGCUAUUACGGAGGGCAUUCCGCAGCAGGACAUGGUCAAGGUCAAGUGGCACUUGCGCAACCAGAGCACCACACGCCUUAUUGGCCCCAACUGCCCCGGUAUCAUCAAGCCUGGCGAGUGCAAGAUGGGCAUUAUGCCUGGAUACAUUCACCAGAAGGGUAAGAUCGGCAUUGUGUCGCGCUCCGGUACCCUGACGUACGAGGCUGUGGCUCAGACUACGGCUCUGGGCCUUGGUCAGUCCACCGUUAUUGGUAUUGGCGGUGACCCGUUCAACGGCACAAACUUCAUUGACUGCCUGGAGCGCUUCACCAACGACCCGGAAACUGAAGGUAUCAUUAUGGUGGGCGAGAUCGGCGGAUCUGCCGAGGAGGAGGCUGCAGAGUGGCUCAUGGCCCACGGAGACCCCAACAAGCCCGUGGUGAGCUUCAUUGCCGGCACGACGGCUCCUCCUGGACGUCGUAUGGGCCACGCUGGCGCUAUUGUGUCAGGCGGCAAGGGUACGGCUGCUGGUAAGUUCGCUGCGCUUGAGGCUGCUGGCGUUGCGGUGACGCGAUCGCCUGCUCGUCUUGGCGUGACGCUGUACGAGGAGAUGCAGAAGCGCGCUUAA